AUGGAGCAGGAGGUACCUGCGCUGCGCGCUGCGGGCGGCUUCGGGCGGGCCCGUCGCCUGCUGGCCGCCGCCUCGUGGUUGCCCGGUGUGGCACUGGGGCUGGUGCUGAGCUCGGAGCCACUUCUUAGGGCGCGGCCGGCGCACCACUGCCGACCGGACCCGGAGUUACUGCCUCCCGCGCUGCGCGCCUUGGACGGGCCUGCGCUGCUCCGGGCCAGCGUGCCGCGCGUUGGAGCCGCGCGCGCCUGGAGCCCCUGCCUGCUGUUGCGCUACCCCGAGCGCGGCGUCAUGAGAGCGGCGCCCGCGCCAAACAGCACGCGGCCCUGCACACGCGGCUGGGAAGGGCCGGGGUGGGACCUCGUAUGUGAGGACAGCUGGAAAGUACCUCUGGAGCAGACAGGCUACCUGCUGGGCUGGCUGCUGGGGUCCAUCGUCCUGGGCACAGGCUGUGACCGGUUUGGCCGCCGGGCUGUGUUUAUAGGCUCGCUGGUGCUAGCCACGGUCCUAGGUGCCGGUGAGGCCCUGGCCACCAGCUUCCCUGCCCUUCUGGCCCUGCAACUACUCCAUGCGGGGACCCUGGCAGGGGUCUCCUUAGCCCUCUAUGUAGCACGCCUGGAGCUGUGUGACCCCCCACACCGCCUGCUCUUCUCUGGGGGUGCCAGCCUCUUCUCAGUGAUGGGCACCCUGCUGCUGCCGGGCCUGGCCGUGCUCGCUCAGGACUGGCGCCUGCUACAGGGGCUGGGCGCCCUGGUAACCAGCACUGUGCUGCUCUUUUGGGGGUUCCCAGCCCUGUUCCCUGAGUCCCCCCGCUGGCUGCUGGCCACAGGGCAGCUGGGCCGAGCCAGGCAGAUCCUGUGGUAUUUUGCCAAGGCCAGUGGCCUGGAUCCUGAAGACAGCUCCUUGGAGGAGGAAAACUCCCUGGCUAUAGAGCUGGACCUGCUGUCUGCGGGGAGCCCCCAGCCCCAGUACCACUGGGUCCUCGAGCUCUUGCACACCCAGGUCACCUGGAGAAACGGCCUCAUCCUGGGCUUCACUUCGAUGAUCAGCGGUGGCAUCCGCGCCAGCUUCCUCCGUGGCCUAGCCCCCCAGGAGCCAGCCUUCUACUCGUCCUACUUCCUGACGGCCAGCCUGGAUGCGUCAGCCACGGUCCUACUGCUGCUGACUGCGGAUCGCUGGGGACGCCGCCCCGCCCUGCUGCUGGCCACCCUCACCACCAGCCUGGCAUCCCUGCUGCUCCUCGCUGGGACCCAGCAUCUUCCGCGCUGGACCCAGCUGUCACUCUCUGUGCUGGGACUCCUGGCCUCCCAGGCCAUGUCCACACUGAGCAGCCUCUUUGCCGCUGAGGUCUUCCCCACGGCCAUCAGAGGGGCCGGGCUGGGCCUGGUGCUGGGCGCCGGGUUCCUGGGCCAGGUGGCCGCCCCCCUGGCCGACGUGCACGCCCGGCACAGCUCCUUCCUCCAGGAUGUCCUCUUCGCCUCCUUUGCUGUUCUCGGCCUGCUCUGCAUCCUACUGCUGCCCGAGAGCCGAGGCCGCAGGCUGCCCCAGAGCCUGCAGGACGCGGAGCACCUUCGCCGGAGCCCGCUCUUCCGGGGCCGCUACCCCUGCCACCAGGACCACUUGCCCCUGCUGCAGCCCUCCUGCCUGCAUUAA